GCAGUAUUAAUAAAGCAAAACCCCACACAAACAAAAGAAGAAGAGGGGGUUAGAGGAAGAAGAUAAGUUAGGGUUUUUGGGUAUAUUCUCUUCUCUACGAAUAUUUGCUUGUAGCAGAUACUAAAAUGGCAGUUUCUUGUAUGUAUCCAUUUAAUAAUCCAACUCUACCUUCUCAGCCUCACUUGUUCCUACACUCUGUCUCCAGUGAAAGCAAAAUGAGAGAAUUUUAUUAUAUCGAAGAUAGGAGAAGAAGAAGAAGCAGAGUGAGUAGUAAGUUAGUGGUUUUAUCCACGCAUUCUAACGCUAAGAUUCUCAAGUCCAAUCGAAAGUCUCGCUUUGGUCAAACCUUGAGUCCCUAUGCCAGCGAUGAUGAUGAAGAAGAGGAAGAAGAUGACGAUGAUGAUAAUGACUCAGAUAAAAGUUGGUUCUCGGAUGAUGAAUUCGCAGAACCUGUAGACUUCAAAGUAAAUGGAAAAAGAUUCAAGUUACAAAAGAAAAUCAGUGAAAGACAAGGUGGCCGGAGACAGUUGGAUGCAAAAAUUGGUAGGAACACUCAGGAGAAAAGAAUUAUUGGAAACUUUUAUCAUACCAAAAACAAAACAAAGCAGCCUGACUCCAUGCAUGUGGACCGCAAAGAAAGGCUGAUGUCCAAAGAACCUACUGAGAACAGAUAUGAGAAGCUCUCUGAAGAAAUAGAUUUAGAUAAUAGAUGGCUCCCACUUUUGGAUUACUUAUGUACCUUUGGGCUAAAGGAAUCAGACUUUAUUCAAAUGUAUGAGAGGCACAUGCCAUCCCUCCAAAUAAAUGUAUCGUCUGCACAAGAGAGGUUGGAAUACCUGCUUAGUGUUGGUGUCAAACAUAGAGAUAUCAGAAGAAUACUUUUAAGGCAGCCGCAAAUUCUUGAAUAUACAGUGGAUAACAAUUUGAAGUCUCACGUUGCUUUUUUAAGUAGUUUAGGUAUUCCAAAUUCCAGAAUAGGGCAGAUAAUUGCUGUUACUCCAUCACUCUUUUCUUAUAGUGUUCAGAAUUCAUUGAAGCCCACGGUUAGAUAUUUAGUUGAGGAGCUUGGAAUUAAUGAGAAAAAUAUAGGUAAAGUGGUGCAGCUGAGCCCUCAAAUCCUGGUUCAGCGGAUUGACAUAUCAUGGAACACUCGCUACAUUUUUCUUUCCAAGGAGUUGGGAGCAUCUAAAGAGAGUGUUGUAAAGAUGGUAACAAAACAUCCUCAGCUCCUCCAUUAUAGCAUAGAUGAUGGAUUUGUGCCUAGGAUCAAUUUUCUGAGGAGUAUUGGAAUGCGUAAUUCUGACAUCUUGAAAGUCUUGACUAGCCUUACACAGGUAUUAUCUCUGUCACUGGAGGAUAAUCUAAAGCCGAAGUACAAGUAUUUGAUCAAUGAACUUCGUAACGAGGUGCAGUCCCUAACCAAAUAUCCUAUGUACUUGAGCUUGUCUUUGGACCAGAGAAUUCGCCCUCGCCAUAAGUUCUUGGUUGCCUUGAAGAAAGCUCCCAAGGGACCAUUUCCCCUUAGUUCAUUUGUUCCAACAGAUGAAUGCUUUUGUCAGCAAUGGGCUGGAACUAGUGUAGAAAAAUAUUUGGCAUUUCGACAGCAGUUACUACUUAACAAGUUUGCAAAGAAAUAUGAAAGAUUAGGAUAAUGCAUCCCUGACGCCUAUCUAUUGUUUAUACUAACACAACCAAUGGGGCAAAGUCCAUCCUCCACUGACUUCAGCAACUUUUAUAAAACUGACCAGGAGAUUUUGAGGUGAAGGUCUGCUGUUCAAAUUUCUCUGGACCUACUACACCAACUGCCACCUUUAUUUGGCACAUAUUUGAGGUUUAAGCUCCAGAUUUCAUGUCAAUGAGACUCAUAAAAAUUGGUCUUAUGUUAAUCGAGAAAGAAAAAGAAUUCAGCGAGAUUUAAAGAAGAUCUAUGCUAAAUCCAUCAAGAAAUGACAAUUUGAAGGAGCAAGUUGUCAUAACUACAAGUUUUUCUCUGUAAUAUAUCUUAUACCUUGUUUCUUCCCUUUUUCAUAUUUUAUGCUAGAGAUACAUCAGAUACUUUUUUUCAGUAUCUCUGCUGCUUCACGAAUCAUUUUGAAGGCUACUGACUUGUAAUUAAAUCUUUAUUUUUCUUUCUGCAAAUUUGUAACUUCCUAUAAAUUUGGUGUAUGAAAGUUAUUUCAUUUCUUGUUUA